AUGACAAAGUCCAUGAAUUUCUUCCAGAACAUCAUUAAACCCUUCAAACGCAGCUCCAAUCGAGGUCUCGAAGACGAUAUCGAGAAAAUAGCUGCUCUCGAGCAGAAAGUUUUCCCAUUCAAGUCCUGGUUUCCGCCGCCAAAGAUUUCCACCCCACCCACAAACUCGGCGAAGGUGGAUUCGGUCCCGUCUUCAAGCAGUGAAGAAGCUAGCUCAAGGCUCAAGGCUCAGGCUCAGGCUCAAGGCUCAAGGCAAGGGAAAAACGAGUUUGUAAACGAGGUUAAGUUGUUAGCUAAAGUCCAGCAUCGGAAUGUGGUUAAUCUCUGGGGUUAUUGCACACACGGAGAUGAUAAGCUCUUGGUCUAUGAAUACGUCGCUAAUGGGAGCCUCGACAAGGUCCUCUUCAAAUCCAACAGAAAAGCAGAAAUUGAUUGGAAGCAGAGGUUUGAGAUCAUAACAGGCAUUGCAAGAGGACUUCUCUACCUCCAUGAAGACGCACCAAACUGUAUCAUUCACAAAGAUAUUAAAGCUGGCAACAUUCUGCUUGAUGAGAAAUGGGUUCCCAAGAUUGCUGAUUUUGGAAUGGCAAGACUUUAUCAAGAAGAUGUAACUCACGUUCUAGAUCCACUUCUUGAUCAUAAUCUCGAGCAUUCCCCAAUCGAUUCUGUUAAACCGUGA